AUGACAGAGUUUCGGUUCCAAGAACGUAGCUCGGGACCAGUUCCUACAGCUAGCAAGUCUAGCUUUAUCGUCCCUCUCGCCACGAACGGACACGGAGACUAUGACAGUGGAGAAGCAGAAACAUUUAUCAAGACCCUUGAUGAGAAGAGGAGAGAGCUCGAUCAUCAGAUUUCGCUCUAUAUAGCUGAGAGGCAGAAAGAGUAUGAGACAUACGAGCGUCAAUUACGGGAGAAACUCAGACAUUCAAAGGAGGCAGGAAUCUCAGGCGACGAUGGCAAGCUAUCGGAAGCGAAUAUGGAUAGCCAGAGCAGUCACGGCGCUCCCAAUAUCUUAGAACCCCCUGAGCGUGGCUCCCAGCUUCCGGACUCUACUCCUAUGAGAUUUGACGACAGUUCCGUGACUGGCAAGGAAGACACAUUCCCUGAUCUGCCGAAGAAUGGACCUACCAGUCGAAGAUCUGCUCAAGAGCGCGAGGAAUUGAUGGGAUUGUUUACUCCUACCUUCUUGCCACUGCUCGAAGGCUUCAAGUUAGGCAGUAAAGGCCACGACAGAAGCAACACUGCGCCGCCCGAUCUUUUGACACGCGCGGCAGAAGAACCAGUAGUACAUGUGGCCAAGCGUAUGGAAGUCAGACGGUCAUCGACCGAGCCAGCUUUCCCAGUCAAGCAUACCAGGAAGUCCUCGCUGCGCCCGUCGUCGUCCGCCACGAAGUCUUCUCAGCAGCACACGAAGCCUCGAAAGCACGUGACGCUGGACAUUGGAGACGCGAUUGUUGAUCCUGCGACUGACAUUUCGGGCUCGGAACCGGAGUCCACCCUCUCGCCGACACACCACUCUCUGAAGCCACCGAGCACGGAAGAUCUACCACAAAUCGAACGAUCAGCUCAUCAAACUCCGCUACCAGCCUCUCAAGCUCAGCAGUCAGCUCCUCCAAGUCAACUGCCAGUUACCUUAAGCCAGCAGUCAGCUAGCCAGCCUCAAACCCCAUCUACCAACCCUCACAGCGGCCCUCCGGCCCACAACGAUGCCAUGUUCUCCGCAGAUCCAGCUGCUUCUGCGUCUCCACCUCGCCCUCUUGACAGUCCGCCUGGCACCCGCUCCGGAUCUCUCCCGCCUCUGGAGCCCUACAGCCGCCCCAGCCCCAGCCCCAACCCCAACCCCCGCGCCGACCAAGCAACAGCCGGUGCCUCCUCCGCCCCUCGCGGCGCCGAGAUCUCGCACUUGUUCGGUCCGCCCGGCGAAGCCGCCGAUGAAGCCGUCGACGACGACGACGAAACAGGCGAGCCCGGCCUCGAGCGUCGCACCUCGGACGAAAUAGGCUCGUUCGUCGGCGGCAUCGAUGGAGACUCUGGCUUCGAUCCUGCGGAUGCCGGGAGCGUCGGGUAUCCUGGCACGAGUCUGGGGGCGUCGUACAUGGAGGCGCAUCAUUCCUGGCGGCAGAGCACGAUGAGGGAGGCGGAGUUGCGGCGGGAGGAGGAGGCGAGGAGGAAGGAUGUGGCGGAGGAGCGGGAAGCGAGGCAGGGUGGGCGCGAGGAGGGCGGUGGGAUGGUGGCGAGGGGGGGUGGGGACGAUGAUGAGGCGUUUUUGGGGGAUAUGGAGGAUCUUUGA